AAUGUGAAAUCUAAAUCAAAAUUUAAAAAAGAAAAAAAAACAUUGGAAGGAAAAACAGGAAAAAUAAGAAAUAGAGGAUAGUGAAAAAAUGGAGAAGAUGUACCUAUAAGAAACAGCAUCUACCUCAUAUUUUAAUAAUUAAAAGUGGCAACAAAUAAGUUAAACAAAAGUUGAACAUUUAAUGAACAUAAGAUAUUUCGUGGAUAUACUCUGAUAAUUCUCGUAUUGAAUAAUGUCAUAUAACAGAAAGAAAUGUGUAGUGCUAGGCUGUAAAUCGGAGACUCUAAGGCUCCGCUCGUUUCCAACUGCAAAAGAUAAGGAGAGAUUUCUGAAAUGGUUGAGGGCUUGCGGAAAUACCGAGCUGCUGCAGCUGUCUGUGCCUCAAUUGAGGCAUAGAGUUGUUUGCGAUAAGCAUUUCGAGGCGAGAGUAAAACUGGCAACCACAUUGUCCAGAGUGGCAGUUCCGACCUUACAUUUACCCAAGUCUAUUGAUGUAUCAAACUACAAAUUUACUGAUGUACAAACAAGUGAUGCACAAAAGAGUAAUGUACAAACGACUGAUAAAAAUUCUACUAAUGAUGAAAUAGCCAAAAUACUAGCAGAAUUAUCGGAAUCUGAUGUCGGAGGCAGCGAGGACGAGGUUUCUGAAGAGGAGCACAUUUUUAAUGCAGAACAAAGACACAAUGAUGUUGAAGAGGAUGCCGCAAUUCUCUCGGAUAGUUCUGAUCCGAACGACAGAGCAGCGUUCAACGAUUCAACGGAGCCAGUCUAUGUUGGCAGAAAUAACAUUACCACCUGGAACAAGCUUCCUUGUACAAGUCAGUCUGCCACAGUCCCUUCUGAAGAUGAAAACAUCACGAGACCGAGCCUUCGUCACUCUGAAUACGAAAUCACAGAUGAGCUGUCCGCUUUCCGAGAGAUCUUCGACGACGGAAUGCUGGAAGAGAUUGUCGCUUGUACCAAUUUUUCGAUCGAGCACAAGCAUCGCCUAUGUUCUAGCCACAAGAACAUAAAGGAGACGACGAGGGCUGAGAUGCUGGCAAUAAUCGGUCUAUUAUAUCUCGCCGGUAUGAAGAGAGCUAGACACGCGAGUCUGUUGGAACUGUGGACAGACGACGGUACCGGGCUGGAGAUUUGUCGUUCCGCUAUGAGUUACAAGAGAUUCUUGUUUCUCUUGGACUGUCUGCAACUCGAUGACAGGAAUACCAGAGCCAUGCGGCUAAAGGUGGACAGGUUGGCGCCUAUAAGAAAUAUCUGGAAUAAGUUUGUAGAGAACUGUAAGAAAUCCUAUUUGCCCAGCGAGUCUCUCGCCAUUGGAGAUAGACUGAAGAACUUCAGAGGCAAGUGCAGCUUUGUCCAACAUGUUCCCAACAAACCGGCACAUAACGGAUUGAAGAUUAUCAGUUUAGUGGACGUCAAGACAUCAUACACUUGUAACAUGGAACUUUAUUGCGAUCAACAGCCAGAAGGACUUUACAGAAUCAGCAAUGAUCCCGCGGCGAUUGUGCAGCGACUGAUCGAACAUCUCAAAGGUUCCAACAGCAAUCUAUCCUGCAAUGAGUAUUAUACCUCCUAUCUGCUUGCUGUUUCACUUCUGGCUGACAAGAUAACGUUCCUUGGUGCGAUGGGGAAAGAUCACAGAGAAGUUCCUUUAUGCUUCUUGGCAGGAAAGCCGCGAGCAGUUGACAGUACCCGUAUGGGCUUCAGGAACGAUGCCACUUUGGUAUCCCAUGUACCCCAGAGAGGCAAGGCUGUCAUCGUGCUCUCGACAGCGCAUCACGAUGCGAAAUUCAAUCCACAGACCAAGAAACCGGUAAUCAUAGAACAUUAUAAUGCAGCAAAAGACGCGAUAGACAUCGUGGAACGAACGUGUGCGAUAUAUUCGGUUUCCAAAAAAACCAAGAGGUGGCCAUUGACAGCAUUUUUCGUGUUGUUGGACGUUGCUGGCGUAAACGCUCAGAUUCUUUACAAUGCUUCUCAAAGCAAGUUUUUGCAGAAGUAUAGGAGAGGCUUCUUGAAGACUCUCGCGCUAGCGCUAUUAAAACCACAUUUGCAGGAAAGGGCAAAGAUAAAAACUUUGCCUAUCAAUAUUCAGACCAAGAUCUUGCAAGAUCAAGUAGAUUGUGACGGGGAUUGCCAGUUUGACGAACAGGAAUUCUCGAAGAAACGAUCCCGCGAGAUAGAUAAGGAGGAAAACUUACCCAGAAGGAAGGAUCGAUGUUUUAUGUGCGGAUUACGUAAAGGCAUGAUUACGACGCAAAAAUGCGAGAUUUGUUCGAGAUUCACAUGUAAGAGACACAUAGCAUAUAUAAAAUACAUCUGCAGGAGAUGCGAUUCUAUCGGAGUAGAUAAAGAUAAUCGAUAAUUCAUGAAUGUUCAAUAGAAUAACCAUAUAUAUUAAGAAUUUUGCUAGCGAUCGACGGUGAUAAAAUUUAAUUUGAUAUAAAUAAAAUAGAUAAAAAGACAGGAAAAGCAUGAUGCAAGCGAUAUUGGCAAUGAAAUGAUACAAAGAUUCGCGAAUUUACUACAAGUUCAAUUUAGUCGGGAACAAUAUGAAAGCCGCACGGAAAAAAAGUUUGAUUACUUUUAAAAGUAUAUUGCGAUUGUUCAUUUGCAUUUUUUCCUUGCAUUUGUAUACGUCGGUAAAAUAUUUAGUAUAUAAGUUUGAUAGAGAGAGAGAAUAUAAAUUACAAAAAAAGUCACGUACAAUUUUUAUCGCAGGCAAAAACUCAGUCAUCAUUAUUUUUUAUGCUCUGAUAGUAAUUAUAAUUGAUAAUUAAAAAGGUGUAAAUAUCUGAAAAUAAAAGGAUUUCGUUCAUUCGUU